AUAUAAUAUAAUUGGAUCCUCAUUUUCUCCCGCCAGUGUCCAGCAUCCAUUGGAGAUUUUACUUCACUUCUUAAAUGUUGCGCCAGGUGGCGAUAUAUCGCCCAUGUGAUGCUCACAUUCCUAAAUAUCUUUUGAGGGGAGAAAAAUGGGAUGUAUCAAGGCACGGAGUCAUGCAGGCUGGAUAAGGAAUCAGAUGACCUAAAACUUUCCUCGUGAAGGAAAGAUGAAAAAUGGGCAAUGUGAAAGUGUAUUGAAGAUUUAUGUCUUUAUUUUGAAAAGUCAUCGUCUGUGUCUAAUAGGCCUAGUGUUUGAAGAUUUCAAACGCGACCACUGACUUAAACGCUUCAGUGUAGGCUACGUGUACAACACUGUUAUCGUUAUAUCCUACAGAGCAACCUUUUUCAUCAUGGGCGACUGGAGUGCUUUAGGGAAACUUCUUGACAAGGUCCAGGCGUACUCCACAGCGGGAGGCAAGGUCUGGCUCUCUGUCCUCUUCAUCUUCCGGAUACUGGUGCUGGGAACGGCGGUGGAAUCCGCGUGGGGUGACGAACAGUCGGCCUUCAAGUGCAACACGCAGCAGCCCGGCUGUGAGAACGUCUGUUACGACAAGUCGUUCCCCAUCUCUCACGUGCGCUUCUGGGUGCUACAGAUCAUUUUCGUUUCCAUACCAACUCUCCUUUACCUCAGUCACGUCCUCUACCUCAUACACAAGGAGGAUAAACUCCUCAAGAAAGAGGAGAACCUGAGAGCGAUUCAGAGUCAAGGUGGAGAUGUGGACGUGCUACUUCAGAAAAUUCAGCAGAGGAAGUUCAAGUAUGGGCUGGAGCAGCAUGGGAAGAUUAAAAUGAGAGGGGGCCUUCUAUACACUUACAUUUUGAGCAUUAUUCUCAAGUCUGUUUUUGAGGUGGCCUUCUUGCUGAUGCAGUGGUAUAUUUACGGAUUCCACCUCUCUGCCAUCUACACUUGUGAAAGGGUUCCCUGUCCUCACCAGGUUGACUGUUUCCUCUCCCGCCCGACUGAGAAGACCAUCUUCAUAAUCUUCAUGUUGGUAGUUUCGCUAGUCUCUCUAGGUCUUAAUGUCAUUGAGUUCUUUUAUGUAAUAUAUAAGAGAAUGAAAGAUAAGGUAAAGGAGAAGGCCGCAAAUCAACUGCACCAUAACGUUCACCUGAAGCCUUGCAUGGGAGAGAUGCCGCCCUCUAGUUAUGUCUACUACAACGACUGCUCGGCCCCCAUGUCUAACCUAGAGUACAACCUAAACACGGCAGACAGGAACAACUCUUGCGAGAGCUACAGCAAGCAGGCCAAGGCUCAGAACUGGACCAAUUACAGUACGGAGCAGAACCAGCUGGGCCGGAAAGUGCCCACGUACCCCUGCUGCCACACCCAGGAUUUUCACUACCCAGAAAAAGUGACACCGGGUACGGACAUUGCUCUCCUCAAGCAGCUUGACCCUCGACCCAGUAGCCGGGCGAGCAGUCGAGCGAGGCCAGAUGAUCUUGACAUCUAGCCAGAGAUCAGAGGAACACCAUGUGAAAGGCUUCUCCCAACGGGAGCCCCUGCCUAGGCACUAGGCAAUGCCGUUCUACACUUUGAUGUGCCAAAAAUCCUUCAGCUACAUUCCAGCCUAAUUGACAGAGGGAUUCAAUUGAGUUAUUCAGACUCUAUGCUAGAAGAGACCAGUGGUACUCUGUAUUCAGACUCCAGUCAGAAUUGCCAUCACUAAUGUUAAUAGCUUUACAUCUACAUGGUUUACAUUAUGUAUGGAGCCAUUGUUGUUUUUCCUUUUUUUUUCAGAGAGACAAUUCUUCAGGCAGUGUUCUAUGGUACUAAUUUAUUGAGUGUUGCAGUUUCAGAGGGUGAAUGAUGCAUGGAUGUCACAAACAGAAAUGAUUUAUAGCUUGUUUGUUUCUAUGUUGGUUUUGGACCUCAGCUGAGAAUUCUUCUCUGGUAUUUAGAGCUGUAAUAUAUUGUCGGGAUGAACAGUUCCUCAGAAAACAUUUGCUGUUUAGUAAGAAGAGUACCAGUACUGCAAUGAUGAUUGAUAUUGGUAUCAGUCAGCAGUACUGACCUUAGUGCGAACCAAAAAGUUCUCAAGUUCAGCUUUAUCACAUUUAGACAUACUUUGUUUUUGUUAAGAGCAAUGUUUGCACUGGUUUUGAUGUUUUUCUUAUGUUUUAUAUAAAACGUUUACAUGAACAUGAAAUUUGAAUGAGGUUUUUGUCGGAACCUGAAUACUGAAAGCUGUUUGUAGACAAGUUGAUAUCUAUAAAUACCAACCUACAUGCUGUUCAUCGCUUUUUGCAGCACCAAGCUGGUCAGAGGAUCAAAGGGAUUAACAGUUUUUGAAGUAGUAUUUACUUAAAUUAAAGUCAGUCAAACAUG